AUGCUAAAGGCCAGUCUGGUGAUCCACAGUCGCACGCACACGGGCGAGAGGCCCUUCGAGUGUUCGUCGUGCCCGGCCACGUUCACCAGCCGCGAGAGUCUGAAAAGACACAUGCUGACUCACACCGGCGAAAAACCGCACGAGUGCGACGUCUGUGGAAAGAGAUUUGCCAUGAAAGCAAAGCUCGCGGACCAUGUACUGACUCAUUCUGGGAAGAAGGCGUUCGCCUGCCACGUGUGCGGCCGAAAAUUUUCCCGGAAGCGCACACUCAGGAUCCAUGCCCGUACGCACACAGGGGAGAGGCCGUACGCCUGCCACCUGUGUCCGGCUACACUCUCGCAGUUGGCUGCGCUGAAAAUGCACGUUGCGAGCCACACCGGUGAGCGACCUCACAAAUGCGACGUCUGCGGACAGAGUUUCACAUCGGGAGGCAACCUUUGGCGGCAUAAGUUGAUUCACUCGGGCGUGAAGGAGUUUAGGUGUGAGCAGUGCGGCCGCGCGUUUAGUUUGAAACAAGGACUAAAGAGACACAUCCGCAAGCAUACGGGCGAGAAGCCUUACCACUGCCACCUAUGUCCCGCUGCAUUCGCGGAGACGGGUACUCUAAAACAACAUGUUCUGACUCACACUGGUGAGCGACCUCACAAGUGCGACACAUGCGAGAAGAGUUUCAGAUCAAGAUGCAGCCUUCGGCAGCAUAAGAUGAUCCACUCGGCUGUAAAGAAGUAG